CUUAUUUAGUUGCUCAGCUUGGGUUAAAUUAUUGUCCGAAUAAAGACCUUAUCCAAUGUCCCACAAACAACGUCUGAUACGUUUUCGUCUCUCAGCGAACAUGAUUUCUCGAAAUAUCUUCUUCUAAAUCUCAUAAAAUCUCGACCAGGAUUGUUUUUAGUUACUAAUCUAUCCUAUAUACUUGUUCUUCUUCAAUCACAUGUGUUCUCUCUCUCUGUUCACAUUAUUUUUCAAGUUUAUCGUGCUUUUCAAUUUAAUAUCUUUCUUUCUUGGGCUCCUCCAAAUUUGUCGGACUUUGAUGUUUUCGAGAUUCCCCAUUUCUGGAAAUCAAGAAAUUUCUCGGCUUGCUUAUUCCGUGAUUUCUCUGCUGGAAAUUCAGAAAUUGAUUUGAUAAAAUUAGGGUUCUUGGAUUACAAAGGAUGAGUCACAGGCGUGAUUCCAGCGGAGAUGUAGUUCACGUGAUACCCACAAACAACCCUCCGCCGGAGAAUUGGUUCCCGAAUCUCGGCGAUACCUCCGUCUGGGCCACGGAAGAUGACUACAACCGCGUCUGGGCGGUGAAUCCCGACGGCGACAAUGGUCCUCCGAACAAGAAGACGCGAGGCUCUCCGUCGUCUGCCUCCGCAGCGAGCAACCGUACCAAAGCGAUCGGGAAAAUGUUCUUCAAGACCAAGCUCUGCUGCAAGUUCCGCGCAGGGACUUGUCCGUACGUCACUAACUGCAACUUCGCCCACACCGUGGAGGAGCUCCGUCGUCCACCGCCGAAUUGGCAGGAGAUAGUGGCGGCUCACGAGGAGGAGAGAUCAGGUUCUGGAACUCCUGCGACGGUUGAGCCGAGGGAGGAGUAUCAGAUCCCGUCUUUGGUGUCGUCGACGGAUGAGAGUGGGGGGAGGUCUUUUAAAGGAAGACACUGCAAGAAGUUUUACACUGAGGAAGGAUGUCCUUAUGGUGAAACCUGUACGUUUCUGCAUGAUGAGGCUUCCAGGAAUAGGGAAAGCGUUGCUAUUAGUUUAGGCCCUGGCGGUUACGGUGGCGGUGGUUCUGGUGGUGGUAAUAGCAACGUAGUAGUUCUUGGAGGUGGUGGAAGUGGAAGUGGAGUCGAUAUUUUGAAGCCUUCAAAUUGGAAGACAAGGAUUUGCAAUAAAUGGGAGAUUACUGGGUAUUGUCCCUUUGGUGCUAAGUGCCAUUUUGCUCAUGGAGCUGCAGAGUUGCAUAGAUUUGGUGGAGGGCUCGUGGAAGGAGAAGGCAAAGACGGAGGAGUAUCGUCCAAUCCAGAUAUAAAGCAAACCGGACCAAACCCGAAAGGACAUUCAGACACAACGACCCCACUUUUAUCUCCGGGAGUCGUUCCUCAUAAUGCAGACGCUGGUUAUCACAGUGGAGUGGCAUUGCAACGAGCGUCUAGUGCGGUUACGCAGAAGCCUGGGAUCAGAACUCAUCAGAAAUGGAAAGGACCAGCGAAAAUCAGUCGGAUAUAUGGCGAUUGGAUUGACGAUAUUGAAUGAAAGUUAUCUCCUUUUUUUCUCCUCCAGAUCGGCUAGAUAACUGGUACGAAUAUUACAGUCUCUUUUUUUCUUUUAAUUGAAAGUUGGGGUUUUAGCUUUCCGACUUUAAACUUUGGUGAUAAUGGUACAGUUUGUUUGUAGAGUUUGUGUAAUCUUCGUAAUGCUUGUAUCUCCCUUUGUUGUUGUUGUUGUUGUUGUUGUUGUUGUUGUAGCUUAUGACUUUUAAAAAGUUGAAAUGUCAUCCUUGUAUGUUUUGUAUCC